UUCGUAAAAUAGAGAUAAUCACAAGCUGUCAGAAUUUUGCGCAACUCCACCAAUGGUAACAAUCUAUUGAGGUUCUCACAACUUUCUUAUCAACCACAACAACAAAAGCAAACAAUAAACAAAAAAUCUUUGAGGUUCAUAUCUUGUUUUUGGGUAAGUUGCUUUUUUUUUUUCUUUUUCUUUUGGAGUCAAAUGUAAAAGACCUUCUUCUUCUUCUUCCUUUUUCUAUGCAACUUACCCAUUUUUUCUAUCCUCUUCUUCUGAACUAUCACCACCAUUCUUGUUUGUUUCAUAGAAAACAUCUAACUUUAUUGUGUUUCAAACAAUUUCUUGGAGUUUAGUAUAUUGUGUUUUUGUUUAAGGUUGUUUUUUUUUUUGGAAUUUUGUGAUGCAAGUGCUUCUUCAUUGGCGAGUUGGGUUACUUACUAUUUUUGUUCUAUUUGGAUUGUUCAUAGUUUGGGGGUUUGAUGGAUGCACUGUUAAGAAUGUUUUUCAAGGUUUAAGGUAUAGUCAUCAACAUUAUGUUUCUCAUUCAUCUGAAUCAAAUGUUUCUAAUCAUGAGUUGUUUUCUGUUAGUUUAGAUCAGAACAUAUCCAAUGAAACCCAUGUUUCUGUUGAUGUUGUUUUGUCUGAAAAACCUUAUAAAAACCUAAACAAUGAAACCCAUGAUUCUGUUGAUGUUGCUUUGUCUGAAAAGCUUGAAGAAAACCCAAAAAGUUUUGAUUUUGUGAAAAGGUAUGCGAGUUGGGUUUCGAGUGAAUUAGAGGUUAAUUUGACUUCAAAUCUUUUAGCUAGAUGGUUGGAAAGGGGUGGUGAGCCUUGUAAGGAUUCUAAGACGGUUGAUAUUUCUGUUCCUGGGUUGGAUGGUGGGGGUUUGAUAGAUUUAUCAGCUGGUGAUAUACAUGAGUUUGUUUUUCAAGCAUUGGAUGAUUCCGGGACGGCUCGAUGUUUAGGCGGUGAUUAUUUCGAGACUGAUCUUUCGGGGGAGUCGUGGAAAUCUAGGCCUUUGGUGAAGGAUUUUAGUAAUGGAUCUUACUCGAUUUCGUUGCAAGUUCAUCCUGAUUUUGUUGGGGUUUAUAAUCUUACUAUUUUUUUGUUAUAUAGACAUUUUGAAGGUUUGAAAUUCACGCCGUGGAAAUUUGUUUUCGAUCGAAUGGUUCGUAGUAUUGGAAUUAGGUUCUUUAAGAGUGAUGUUUUGAUACCUGAGCUGCAGACUUGUAAGGCUGCUGAUUUUGGGAGAGAUGUUUGGUGUGGAAGGUGGACGAGGCAUGGGAAGAAUGAUGAAUGCUUUGUUGGUGACGAUGGUAGAUACCGAUGUCUAGCGUCUGAUUUUCCUUGUAAAGCUCCUUGGUGUGACGGUUCGUUGGGAGUUUUGGAGAGUAAUGGUUGGGUUUACUCGGCGCAUUGCUCGUUUAAGAUGUAUUCAGCUCAGUCUGCUUGGGAUUGUUUGAAGAAUCGAUGGAUUUUCUUCUGGGGUGAUUCGAAUCAUGUUGACACGAUACGGAAUAUGCUCAACUUUAUAUUGGAAUUGCCUGAUGUACAUUCUGUCCCGAGAAGAUUCGACAUGAACUUUUCAAACCCAAGAGACCCGUCUCAAACUGUUAGGAUUACGAGUAUCUUCAACGGGCAUUGGAACGAAACACAAAACUAUCUAGGGGUGGAUUCUCUGAAAAACGAAGGGUUUCAAAAUUUGUUGAAGAAAUACUUCUCGGAAGACACAAUCCCGGACACGGUGAUCAUAAACUCCGGCUUGCACGACGGUGUCCAUUUCAGUAAUAUAAGAUCAUUCUCGGUGGGAGCAGCCUACGCGGCAACCUUUUGGAAAGGCGUUCUGGAGACAGUGAAGCAAAGAGGAAUGGCAUUGCCUAGAGUCUUUUACCGGACUACUGUCGCGACAGGCGGAUAUGCGAGAUCACUAGCAUUCAAUCCUAACAAAAUGGACGUUUUCAACGCUGUUUUCUUAGAUAAACUGAAGCAAGCAGGCGUUGUAUCGGGUGUGAUUGACAACUUUGAUAUGACGUUUCCGUGGCAUUUUGAUAACCGAUGUAAUGACGGAGUUCAUUACGGAAGGGCUCCAGCGAAAUUGAAGUGGAGAGAUGGACAAAUUGGUCAUCAGUAUUUUGUGGACCUUAUGUUAGCUCAUGUUCUUCUGAAUGCAUUAUGUGCAAGAUAGCUUCUGUUAGAAGAGAUUAUCUGAAGUUGAUGAUUAUUGAGGUAGAGUUUUGCACUUUUUUCUGUAAAAUUAGAUUUAAUAUUCUUUGUUGCUCAUAUGUUUUUGUUAGCAUGAGUUAUGUAUACAUUAUGAGAUUGUUGUGUAGAUUAAUACAGAGGAUUUUAGCUCCUCAAAACAGAUUUUACUACUAUAAUAAUUCAAAAGCUAUUCUUUGUUUGUUUUUGAUUCAUAAUAUGGUUCUUUA